UUCAAAUCCCUCUCAAAUUCACUAACCCUUCCCAUUCAUCCCCGCCAUUCCCAACACACAGAUUUACCUUUUACUGCCUGUGCUUCAUUCUCCAAUUGUCUGUAUCUGAAUAGCGCAGCUAUAGUUGAAGAUUUAAAUGGACUCGGUUAGUAAACACUCCGGAGGAGGAAUGACGGAAUCUGGAUCUAAAGAUGUACCAUACUGCCGUAAACAGAAAUCCCUCGGCCUUCUAUGUUCCAAUUUUUUGAGCUUGUACGAUCACGAUGGGGUCGAGUCAAUUGGGCUCGACGAUGCCGCAGCAAAAUUAGGAGUGGAGAGGAGGCGGAUCUAUGACAUAGUGAAUGUUUUGGAGAGCGUUGGCAUUCUUACGAGGAAGGCGAAAAAUCGAUAUACUUGGAAAGGAUAUGGGGCUAUCCCAAAGGCAUUGGAAAAUCUAAAGAGAGAAGGUUUAAGAGAUAUUGUGCCUGGAGCUGAUACGAGUUGCUCUGAGAAAAUUUCAGACGAUGAAGAAGAUGAUAUGUGCUCAGAUUUGAACAACUUAAGUCAAAAUGAUAAAUCGGAUUCAAGUUCUGUUUUUAAACGUGAUGGUAGGAAGGAAAAGUCUCUUGGGCUACUUACACAGAAUUUUAUUAAACUGUUCCUUUGCACUGAUAUGGAUAUGAUUUCACUCGAUGAAGCUGCAAAGCUUUUGCUUGGUGACGGAAAACACACUUCGAUGACUACCAGAACGAAAGUCAGAAGACUGUAUGACAUUGCCAAUGUGUUGUCCUCCAUGAAAUUUAUUGAGAAGACUCAUCACCCUGAGACAAGGAAACCAGCUUUCAGAUGGCUGGGGCUGACUGGAAAACCAGAUAACACAACUGCUGAUUCCGUGAUUCAGAGUGAUUCUAAGAAGAGGAUAUUUGGAACUGAUCUCACUAAUGCUACUACAAAGAGGCUCAGGAUGGAUGAAGAUAGAUUCACAAUCUUGAAGGCACAUAAUCAAGUUCAAGUUAAAUAUGAGAAACAAAAUGAGGACGAGAGGAUAACUGUAGGAAAGAGUUACCAGUUUGGCCCUUUUGCACCUGCAAAUGUGCCUGAGGCUGGAGAUUCUCAUGAUGGAAAAGGCAAUGAGGCUGUUGAUUGGGAAAGUCUAGCCUCUUCUUACAGACCUCAAUAUCACAACCAAGCUUUGAAAGAUCUUUUCUCACACUUUGUUGAUGCAUGGAAAUCAUGGUACUCUGAGGUUUCUGAGAAAGGUCCUAUAAAACUCAUGUCCUGAAUCCUAUUUAGUCCGUCCGUGUCUCAGAAUUUGAAGUUGAUUGAAGAAAUGUGGAGUUUGUAGUUGAUAGUAGAAACAUUGAGGUACACUAGUAGACUAGGAAGUAACACAGCUCACAUCAUUCAAUCAGUUGUAACUUGUAACGUUUGCUUUUUUUCAUCUCAUCCCUUCACUUUUUUUUUUCUUUGGCUUCGAAUAAGCCUAAUCUCUCACAUAUGAUUAGAUUAGGGUAGGGUGCACAUUGGCAUUACUGAUCCGAUUUUCCUUUUAGAUUGAUGAAAGAAGGUUGUUUAUUCAA